AUGGGCGAGUACACGAAGUUUGUUGGCAAAAAAGUGAUAUUGGUACCUUAUCGUAAGCGUCACGUUAUUAAGUACCACACGUGGAUGGAGGAUGAGGAAUUACGGAGGUUGACAGCAUCGGAGCGUUUGUCACUUGAAGAGGAGUACGAAAUGCAAGCAAAGUGGCAUGAAGAUAAUGACAAAUGCACUUUUAUCAUCCUAGCUCGUGAUUUAGUUGAUGGUGGCGCAGAUGAGGUUGCUAGUAUGGUGGGUGAUGUCAAUAUCUUUAUAAACGGUAGCGUUGGCGAACUUACAGUUAUGAUUGCCGAAUCCAAAUGGCGCCGUAAAGGUUUAGGUGAAGAGGCGGUUCGGAUAAUGCUAAGCUUUGGGUUUCAAGUGGUCGGGUUGCGGGCUUUCGAAGUGAAGAUUUCAAAGGACAAUGUUAGCAGCUUGAAACUUUUUCAAAAGAUCGGUUUCGUCGUGACUUCACAGUGCAGUAAAUUUCAUGAAUAUACGUUAUCAAUCGAAGAGGAACAUAUCCUUGAAGCUAUUGGAAGUGGACAAUACGUUUGA